AAUUUGACUUUGUGACUGUGGCAUCUAGUGGAAACUCAGCAUAAAAUACUGAGCUCUCAUUUGUAACUAAAGGGUGUAAGUACAGCAACUAUCGACAAGCGACCCCUUCCACAACCCCAAAUAUCUUCAAAGCGACAAUAUUUCAGUGAUAAAAUUGACAUCGCAUCAGUAACAAGGAGGACAUCUGAUUAUACAGAUAACGGAAGUGAGUUUUUUGCGAAUUGGAUUUUAUCCGUGAGAUCGGGUAGUUGUCUCCGCAGUGAUGUUUCAGAUCAACAGAAUUUGCUGUAUAGGAGCAGGUUAUGUGGGAGGACCAACCUGCAGUGUCAUCGCCCACAUGUGUCCAGAGAUCCACGUGACAGUGGUCGACGUCAACGAAUCACGGAUCAACGCCUGGAACUCCGACACACUGCCCAUAUACGAGCCAGGGCUGAAGGAGGUAGUGGAGUCAUGCCGAGGGAAGAAUCUCUUCUUCUCUACAGAUAUAGAUUCUGCCAUCAGAGAUGCUGACCUCGUCUUCAUAUCAGUGAACACCCCCACAAAGACCUAUGGGAUGGGGAAGGGGCGUGCAGCCGACCUAAAGUACAUUGAGGCCUGUGCUCGCCGCAUCGUAGAGGUUUCCAACGGUUACAAGAUCGUCACGGAGAAGAGCACGGUUCCUGUCCGAGCGGCUGAGAGCAUCAGACGGAUAUUUGACUCCAACACCAAACCCAACCUCAACCUGCAGGUGCUGUCCAACCCAGAGUUCCUGGCUGAGGGUACGGCUGUGCGUGACCUGAAGGAGCCAGACCGCGUCCUGAUUGGUGGAGACGAGACGGCGGAGGGUCAGAGGGCGAUCAGGGCUCUGUGUGACGUUUACGAACGCUGGGUCCCCAAGGCCCGCAUCAUCACCACCAACACCUGGUCCUCAGAACUCUCCAAACUGGCUGCCAAUGCGUUCCUAGCCCAGCGUAUCAGCAGUAUCAACAGUAUCAGUGCUCUGUGUGAGUCAACGGGGGCUGACGUAGAGGAGGUGGCUCUAGCCAUCGGCAUGGACCAGAGGAUAGGCAGCAAGUUCCUGAAGGCCAGCGUGGGGUUUGGUGGUAGUUGUUUCCAGAAGGAUGUAUUAAACUUGGUUUAUCUGUGUGAAGCUCUCAACCUCCCCGAGGUCGCUUCCUACUGGCAACAGGUGAUUGAUAUGAACGAGUACCAGCGGAGGAGGUUUGCGUGUCGUAUCAUUGACUGUCUGUUUAACACAGUGACAGGGAAGAAGAUCGCCCUGCUGGGAUUCUCCUUUAAGAAAGACACUGGAGAUACCAGGGAGUCUUCUAGUAUCUAUAUAUCUAAGUACCUGAUGGACGAGGGAGCCAAGCUCCACAUCUACGACCCCAAAGUCCUGAAGGAACAGAUCAUUCUGGACCUCUCUCAACCGCACAUCUCUGAAGACCCUCUCAGAGUGUCUGAGCUGGUCACCGUGUCAGUGGAUCCCUACCAGGCCUGUCAGGGGGCUCACGCUCUGGUCGUCUGCACCGAGUGGGACAUGUUCAAGGUGAGAGACACACACACACACACUAUUCCAAUCCUAUAAACACCUAACAUCGUGUGUGUGUGUGUCUGUGUGUGUCUCUGUCUCUGUGUGUGUGUGUCUGUGUGUGUGUGUGUGUGUGUGUGUGUGUGUGUGUGUCUCUGUCUCUGUGUGUGUGUGUGUG